UUCAUCGCCCGGACCUUUGGGAGCCACAGCUUCGGGAGAGUAGUUGCAAAUUUUGCCAGGUCAUCUCUGCCUGGGCACAGUUUUAAUCAGUAUUUACUGUCGUGUGCUGAAGCUGUCCAACUGUGUUCAUUCCGUGUGUCCAGCCUCGAGCGUACAUCGUGAGAACUGAAACCAAGGCCUGUUUUGUGUGUCCCCGCUUUCAGCUUGUUUCCGUACACAUACCUUUGCUUUAAACCUCUUCGGACGGUGGCGAGCUGACACAUCUGUUUAAAGGUGGGGCGAGACCACUACUUCUGAAAAGGGGGCUUGAGUCUCCCCGGACACUGGUUUACUGUCUCUUUCAGAUGUCCCUGGUAGACUUGGGAAAGAAGCUUCUAGAAGCGGCACGAGCAGGUCAAGAUGAUGAAGUUCGCAUUUUGAUGGCAAAUGGAGCUCCUUUUACUACAGACUGGCUGGGAACGUCUCCCCUUCAUCUUGCCGCACAGUACGGGCAUUACUCCACCACAGAGGUACUGCUUCGAGCUGGUGUAAGUAGGGAUGCCAGAACCAAAGUGGACCGAACACCAUUGCACAUGGCAGCUUCUGAGGGCCAUGCCAGCAUAGUUGAGGUUUUACUUAAGCAUGGUGCUGAUGUCAACGCCAAGGACAUGUUAAAGAUGACAGCUCUGCAUUGGGCAACAGAACAUAAUCAUCAAGAGGUGGUGGAACUGCUGAUCAAAUACGGUGCUGAUGUACACACACAAAGUAAAUUUUGUAAAACAGCAUUUGAUAUUUCAAUAGAUAAUGGAAAUGAAGAUUUAGCAGAGAUAUUACAGAUUGCUAUGCAGAACCAAAUCAACACAAACCCAGAGAGUCCCGACACUGUGACAAUACAUGCUGCGACACCACAGUUUAUCAUUGGACCUGGAGGGGUGGUGAACCUAACAGGUCUGGUAUCUUCAGAAAAUUCAUCCAAGGCAACAGAUGAAACGGGGGUAUCUGCUGUUCAGUUUGGAAACUCGUCUACAUCAGUAUUAGCCACGUUAGCUGCCUUAGCUGAAGCAUCUGCUCCGUUGUCCAAUUCUUCAGAAACUCCAGUAGUGGCCACAGAGGAAGUGGUUACUGCAGAAUCUGUGGAUGGUGCAAUUCAGCAAGUGGUCAGUUCAGGAGGUCAGCAAGUCAUCACCAUAGUUACAGAUGGAAUUCAGCUUGGGAAUCUGCACUCCAUUCCAACCAGUGGAAUAGGUCAGCCCAUCAUUGUGACCAUGCCAGAUGGACAGCAAGUAUUGACAGUACCAGCAACAGACAUUGCUGAAGAAACUGUUAUAAGUGAAGAACCACCAGUUAAGAGACAGUGUAUCGAAAUAAUUGAAAACCGGGUGGAAUCUGCGGAAAUAGAAGAGAGAGAAGCUCUUCAGAAACAGUUGGAUGAAGCAAACCGAGAAGCACAAAAGUACCGGCAGCAGCUUCUGAAGAAAGAGCAGGAAGCAGAGGCCUACAGACAGAAACUAGAAGCCAUGACUCGUCUUCAGACCAAUAAAGAAGCUGUUUAACCAAAUGAACAUGUAGUUUGCUUGUGCUUUUGCUCAAGAAAGAAUGCGAUCUUGAACUGUACAGAGUAAGGGUACAGCCAUGGGAUACAGGACGGUGGAAGAGACUACAGAUUGGACUUAAGCCAUGAGCUCUGAAUUCUUGUAACAUAAGACUCUAGAAGUUGUGUAAUGUAUUUAAAACUGAAUUCUGUAAAUAGUUUUUUUUUUAACUGCUGGAAAUGAGUUGAUAAAGAUCGUUGAGAUCCAAAACACAAUAAGCCACUGAUAUAGUGAAUUCUUUGUGAUUUUUAAUACAGACUUAAUUUCCUAGAACAGUUUUAAGGGUGAUUGUUGUUGAUUAGACCAAAUGUCGUAUGAUAAUUAUGGUGGACUCAUGCUGGACUUGCUCUGGAAGGCAUAAGCUUCCAUGUGAAGACUUCUCCUAGGAACUCUCUUUGUACAGCUCUUAAGUUGUCUCAGAUUCUUGGAAAACAUUUUUUAGGAAGCAAAAAAUUUAUAUUUGUUGAAUUUCAGCUAUACUCAAGUAGAUUUACACGUAUAUGAAGCAAAUAUUUUUAAAUUUUGUUUGUACAUAUUUCGCAUGUUUUAUAAUUUUGAAAUGCAUCACUUGCAUAGGUAUUUUUUCCCACAAAGAUGAUGAAUAUUACCAGGAAAAUAAAAGCAAAAACAAAAACAAAAACAAAAAAAUAAAGAAAGGAAAGCACCUUUCAUUCUAUAGGUCAUUGAAACUAAGUAAGCUAGAAGCUGGUUUAUUGGAAUGACAAUGUUCUUGGAAGGAGCAGCUUACAAGAUAACUUGAAUUUGCAAAAUCUAUGCUUUUUUGAAAGUUUCAUUGUGGGGACGUGAAACUGUUUUCUGUGCCUUCCAUCAUGAUUUCCACAUGAAAGCACUUUAAGGCACUGGAUUUUAAGAUGAUGUUUUGGCAAACUCAGUGCAUAUAGGUUUCUAAAAUACUUCAUGGACUUACCCUCCCAACCCCUGAAAUUAUUCUUAUGGAAAAAAUUGCUUUUGUAUGUAGAACAAGAACUUUUUGUAUACAGUGAUGCUAUAGAUGUAUCUAAUAUGACCUCCCUUUCCUUGUGAAAGCUCCAUGUCCGUGCCGUGAUUAGCUCUCAUCCCAAUAUUGUUGGUCCACAAUGAGUGGAUAUUAAACAUUGGCAGACUGUUCACUCUUUUUUGUAUAACGUAACUUAAAGCUUUUUCUUCCUGCUUUAUUUUUAAAUGUUUUAUGGCUUUAUGAAAAUGUUUAACCCUAAAACCUCUCUAGAUUACCUAUACUGUAUAAAGAAGUAAUUACCCUUAAAACUGUACUCUGGCUUACUUUUCUAUUUUACAAUUAAAUAUCUUUUCCACAUA